GGUGUCAACAAAACAGAAGCGGAAGUGUUAAACUUUCUUCUUGGGUUGUGUGUGUUGAUUGAUCUGCGUGACGACAUCACAGAGCGAAACACUCUCUCUCUCUCUCUCUCUCUCUCUCUCUCUCUCUCCGCGGAAUCAAAUCGAUCAGAUACUUAUCUUCAAACCCCUUUCCGUGUGGUUCGAGUUGGACCGCCUGAAUCGUACGCGACCUGCUCAGGAGAACGCACCAAAGUCUCUUCCUUUUGACCCUCCCACACGACAAAUCUCAAUCCUUUCCGUGUCGGGCCAAUGCCAUGAGCUACUACGGAAACUCUAUAUAACCCAUCGAAUCGCGCAGCCCAGUUUCUCCAUUACUGGAUCUCGCAUUGAAUUUUGAGAUAUAGAUUCUAGGGUUUAUAGUUUUGCGGAGAUGAUUGAUCAUGGGAGCUCGACCUUUGAUUACCGGAGCAUUAGAGAGGCCGCAUGCAACGCCGGCGCCGGAGCCACCGCGGGGGCGAUUGCAGCGACAUUUGUUUGCCCGUUAGAUGUGAUCAAAACAAGGUUACAGGUUCUUGGUCUCCCUGAAGCUCCAGCCUCUGGAAAGAGAGGUAGUGUGAUCAUUACAAGCCUACAGAAUAUAGUGAAGAAUGAAGGCUUUAGAGGAAUGUAUAGAGGGCUUUCACCAACCAUCAUAGCUCUGCUUCCGAAUUGGGCUGUCUACUUCUCAGUGUAUGGAAAGCUAAAGGAUGUCCUGCAGUCUAGUGAUGGAACACUUAGUGUUGGAGCCAACAUGGUAGCUGCUGCCGGUGCUGGAGCUUCCACAUCUAUUGCAACUAAUCCACUUUGGGUUGUCAAGACAAGGCUAAUGACGCAAGGGAUUAGGCCAGGUGUGGUACCUUACAAAAGCGUAAUGUCUGCUUUCAGUAGGAUUUGUCAAGAAGAAGGAUUCCGAGGGCUGUACAGUGGCCUUUUGCCUUCUUUGGCUGGAAUCAGCCAUGUUGCAAUCCAGUUUCCAGCUUAUGAAAAGAUUAAGCAGUACAUGGCAAAAAUAGAUAAUACAUCCGUAGAGAAUCUGAGUCCUGGGAGUGUUGCUAUUGCUUCUUCGAUAGCGAAAGUCGUCGCCUCUGUUUUGACUUACCCACAUGAGGUGAUUAGAGCCAAGCUUCAAGAACAAGGGCAAAUGAGAAACUCUGAGAACAAGUAUUCAGGAGUCAUUGAUUGCGUAAAGAAGGUUUUUAGAAGCGAAGGGAUCCCUGGAAUGUACCGUGGAUGUGCUACUAAUCUGCUCAGGACAACUCCAUCAGCAGUUAUUACAUUUACAACCUAUGAGAUGAUGCUUAGAUUUUUCCGACAAGUUGUUCCACCAGAGACUAAUAUGUCUGAUGAUGACGAAAAAAAGAGUUUAGUUAGUCAACGUGGAGGAGGAGGAGAAGAAGAGAAAGAUUCUGCUUUGAGAGAAUCACAAACUCAAGCUAAUAAGAUCACUUCCCCUAUCCCUCUUGGAAGCAAAUAAAAGAUUUUCUAGACCAUGACUCAUGGCUACAUAGAUUUUCUUUACUUCUAAAGUCGAUUCCAAUUUAAGUUAUUUUUGUCCCUUGAGGUGAUCAAGUUUGUAACUUUUUUGCUCGUUGUUCUAACAAAUGUGUAAAAACAUAUCAAUAAGUACUUUUUGGCCGUUUU